AUGGAUGUAUUAAUAGCAGCACUGGAUUACAUCGGCAGGUAUAAGUUUAAUAAAAAAUCCUUUCCAAUAAUUGAAAUAUGUAGCAUUCAGCAUGAAGCCUGUUCACUAAUGUUAAGGAAAAUUAUAUGUCCAUUUAAGGAAAAACCGAAAAAUGCAACCUAUGCUGCGAAGUCAGUAGCAGAGUAUACAGUGCGCUCCACAAUUUGUGCAAAACGACCAGCUAAUUGUUACUAUGAUACUACUGAAAUGGUAGCAGUAGCAACAAAGAGAAAUCUAGCAGCGUUUUUGAAAAAAGACCAAAUAAAUUGCUGUUAUGAAAACAUAUGCUUGUUUCAAGAGAAAAAAAUAGCGUGCAUCAAAAUUAAACGUCUGUGUAUUUUUAACGCGGUGUUGAUUUUAUCUAAACUAAUUUUAAUAUACUUGUUAUUAAUUCAAUUUGAUUUCCGGCUACUUCUCAUGUGCGCAUUUGAACAAGUAAAUAAGUGCGAGAGAAACAUUGCUUGUUUACUCAAAGCGUGUGCAUAUAUUUCUUUGAGUUUCUGUCAAUCCUCUCUACCACAAAAUACAUUGAGUAUUGGGGUAUUACUUUCCCUCUCAACAAUGCAACAGCCCUUGUUAGGUCAAUGGUCAUUUUUUAAUACGAGAGAACAUCAGAAUCCCAACGUCAAUUUUGCCGCAUUAUGUUUAGCAGAAGCCAAAACAGGCAGUCUUUUCGCAACAGAUGGCAAAUUUCAAAAAUGGGGAAAAAAUGUAGGUAUAUUAUAUCCUCUGGAAUGUCUGCAAACAUCGAAAAGUUUUGGUAUCCAAUUUUUCAAUAUUCAUAUUUUUUUACAUUCCAGCUUUUUGUUCAUUAAAUCCUGUAAUAAUUUUGGAGGUUUUGUUCAGGAGAACCAAAGUAAAAGUGGCACAAAAUUCACACAGAGAACAAACUCUAAUUCGACUUCUAAUAAAUCAAACGUCCAAAAAGAAAAAUUAGCAGGAAUUCUAACAAGCAUGAACACCAAUGACAAAUUAAAUUCCUUUUCCACAGAAAAAAUUGCAGCAGCUAUGGGAAGCAAAGUAGCCAAUAAGCAUAUAAAUGCGCGUUAUUCGUCGACUGUACUAAGCAAAUUGAAAUUACUUUCAAUCCCCAACUACAAGAAAUAUUCUGAAGUAUAUAACGGAAAAUUAAUGUGUUGCCCUAAGUCAAUAAUGAAUCUACAGUAG